UGGCGAAGUUGGCCGAGGCGGCGGCCUGGCAGCGCGUAUAAAAGGACAUCCUGAAGCCGCCGCCGCUUCAGUCCUUUGACGAACGCCGCGCUUGAAGCAGUCUUAGCCCAGAAGUAGGCAACUGAAGUGAAAUCGAGUAGCCAACUCCAAAGAGCCCCCAAGUGCGCGGUGCGAACGUUUCGCGUGGCCAGAAGUGUGCUGCGAAGCCAAAAAAGCAACAAAGCGGAUUAAGCCCCGAGGCGAGCUCCUGGAAUAAUUGUAACAUUGUUUGCCAGCGCCUUUUAUAAGGUGUUUGACUGUCACGCCGUCGGGAAGUCCUUAUAGCCGGCCCGAGUCCUUUAGCGGUGCGUGGCCAGUUUACUACCGGGUCUCUUUGUGUGUGUGCUUUGUUGUGUCGGCAUGCGUGCCACUAAUUUGCAUAAAUCCACCGUCUAACCUGACUCCCGCUUUUUUUGUGGCGCGGCGUGAAUGAAAAAUAGCGAAAACAACAUUCCAAGAAUAGAAAUAAAGAACAAUCCUUCUCGCAAACACUCAAAUCGUCCUGCAACAAUGGCAGGUUCCAGUUUGCGGCUAAUCCUUCUGCUGGCAGCGGUCUGCCAGUGUCUAGUUGCCCCCGCCAGUGGGGCAGCGACCAGCGGUGUGGUGCUGAGCGACGUGAACAACAUGUUGCGCGAUGCCACCAAGGCGGCCACCACCACAUCAUCGGAGAAGCCAGUUCCAUCGAAACAGAAGCCGGAAACCGAUUCGCUGGAGUCUAGUGUGGAGUUACUCCGGUUCGUGGAUGACGACGAGGAGGAUAGCGAGGACCUGAGCUCCCUGGAAGUGGUAUCGAGUGGCGUGCCAGCCCAGAAGCAGCUGGGCGACCAGGUGCGACUGCUGACCAAGCAAUUGGGCGCCCUGAUGCUGCGGCGUCGCGAGGAUUACGAGAUGCUGGAGCACAAUCUGCGCAAAUCCCUGCGGCUUACCACCAAUGCGGCCAGCGCCGAUGCCGACAUGCGCAGCGAACUGAAGCAGCUGAGGGACGAGGUGGCCACGCUACGCGCCGCCCAGAGUGGCAACAAGGAGCGCCUGACCGUCGAAUGGCUGCAACAGUCCAUCUCGGAGAUCCGCAAACAGCUGGUGGAGCUCCAGCGCAGUGCCGGCAACGUGGCCAAUGACGUGCAGCAGCGCAGCUCCACCUAUGAGGACCUGGCCACCAUUCGCAGUGACUACCAGCAGCUGAAACUGGACCUGGCCGCCCAGCGGGAAAGGCAACAGCAGACCGAAGUCUUUGUCCAGGAACUGCGCGAGGAGAUGCUACAGCAGGAGCAGGACUUCCAACACGCCCUCGUCAAGCUGCAGAAAAGGGAUCAGAAGGAGCGGGGCUCGGCCAGCGUGGAGGAGGAGAGCGGCAGCCUGGAAGCCAGCCAAGAGCCCGUUGGCCUUGAAUCCACAGCCGAUCACAAGCGCCGACAUUGCCGCUUCCAGAGCGAACAGAUCCACAAUCUCCAGAUGGCCCAGAAGAAUCUCCGCCGCCAGGUGAACCAGCUCCGAUUCCAUCACAUCGACGAGAGGGUCCGAAGCCUGGAGGUGGAGCAGCAUCGCAUCGCUAAUGCCAACUUCAAUCUGAGCAGCCAGAUCGCCUCGCUGGACAAGCUGCACACCUCCAUGCUGGAGCUACUUGAGGACGUCGAGGGCCUGCAGACCAAGAUGGACAAGAGCAUCCCCGAGCUAAGGCAUGAGAUCUCGAAGCUUGAGUUCGCCAACGCCCAGAUCACCUCCGAGCAGAGCCUAGUGCGGGAGGAGGGCAAGAACGCGGCCAGAUCCCUGCAGGCCAUGGCGGUGAGCGUGAGUGUCCUGCAGGACGAGCGCGAGGGCAUGCGGAAGCUGACAGCCAAUGUGGACGAGCUCAGGACCAAUGUGGAUCGUCUGCAGUCCCUGGUGAAUGAUGAGUUCAAGAAUAAGCUCUCCCACUUGAACAAACCCCACAAGCGCCCCCACCACCAACAGGCCCUUCAGGACGCCACCAUUGACUCGGCCCUGGCCGAGACUCUGGUCAGCGAGCUGGAGAACGUGGAGACCCAGUACGAGGCCAUCGUGAACAAGCUGCCGCACGACUGCAGCGAGGUGCACACCCAGCAGGAUGGACUGCAUCUGAUUGCACCCGCCGGGCAGCGUCAUCCCCUGAUGUCCCACUGCACCUCCGACGGCUGGACGACUGUGCAGCGUCGCUUUGACGGCAGCGCUGACUUCAAUCGCUCCUGGGCGGACUACGCCCGGGGCUUCGGCACGCCGGGCGGCGAGUUCUGGAUCGGCAACGAGCAGCUGCACCACCUGACGCUGGACAACUGCAGCCAGCUGCGGGUGCAGAUGCAGGACAUCUACGACCACGUUUGGGUGGCCGAGUACGGCCGAUUCUACAUCUCAUCGCGGGCGGACGGAUAUCGGCUGCAUAUCGGAGAGUACGCCGGAAAUGCAUCCGACGCCCUGAACUACCAGCAGGGCAUGCAGUUCUCGGCGAUCGACGACGACAGGGACAUCUCGCAGACGCACUGUGCUGCUAACUAUGAGGGUGGCUGGUGGUUCUCUCAUUGCCAGCACGCCAAUCUCAAUGGGCGGUACAAUUUGGGGCUGACUUGGUUCGAUGCCGCUCGCAACGAAUGGAUCGCGGUCAAGUCGUCCCAGAUGCUGGUCAAGCGUCUGCCCGCCGCCGAUUGUCCGGCGUCGUUGCCACUUGCCGUUGCACCAUCGAGUAGUGCCACGUCAACCACAACAGAAGGAACGACGGCGGCGGCGGCGCAGACAGAGACGGUGGCGAGGGCAGCGUAAGUGAGCGGGAAACUGCUACAGUGAACCACCAGAGCCAUGCCUACUAUAGUUGGGAGUGCACUGUAGUCGGGGGGAUGUGCCGAUCUCAAAGAUCCCGUGCCCAGUCGAUGUGUAAAAUAGAGAGUCCACAUUGUGUAUAUAUAGUCCGUAUAGUUCAGAUCCCCGAUUUCAGAUCUAAGUAAUAGUUGUUAGUUGAUCUUUCGUAUGGAGCUUACUCUGGCCUUAGAGUACACUAGGCGUAUGCGUAAUGUAGCAUAACCAUUCUACCCUUAAAUAUAUAUAUGAAAUUCUUUGGUCUUUCAACAAGAUCUCAUAGAGGCUUAAGUUCCGCAUUCGGUUCUAACUAAAGCGAGAGCCGCGACACCCAUUAUUGGCGCGAGCAUAUCAUUUUUCGAUUCGAUUUCGAUUUCGAUUUCGAGAGGAAUCGAGGCGUUAAUGUCUAGAAGUAAUAUUGGAAACUAAUUGUUAGCUUGUAAGGGCAUCCGGUAGGCGGCCUAAUCAUCGUUUAGGCUCAUCUCAGACAAAUAAUAAAUAUACAGACAGGCGAUAUAGUAAGAAUUUUCAAUGGAUUAGUCUAAGUUCCACCAUAUCAGUCAUAUGCAGUAUACAUCUAAUAGAAUUAGCGUUACUAAAUGUACUUGUACUUGUAAUUGUUGUACCAUAUGGAUAAUGGAUAGUGCUUGCUUACAACUCAAAAAAAAAUGAUGAAAAAAAAAUAAGAAUCCCAAGAAAAUCCGCCCCCAAAAAAACCAAUGCAGUCGCAUGCCAAAGAAAUCAAGUCAAAACCAAGAAAUAGUUGCAGCAAACCAAGGCCUACGAAUUAAUAAGACCGUUUAUAUGAAAUACUAAAAAGAAAUACUAUUUUCUGCAGUUUUGCGUAUACCAAAAAUACUAAAAAUUAACAAAACGAGAAAACUAAAAAUCAACAAGAGCUAAAAUUUUGCAUUUAGCCCAUAAGUUAUAAACUAUGUAAUAAUAUAUACUGUAUGUCCUGUAAAUUAAGAAACUAAACUAAAAAAAAAGAAAUGAAAACCCCCAAAAAACAGCGUAUUUUACAAUAAAUGGAUUGAUGUGAAAAGAA